AUGAGCAUCACGUUGAAAAAGCACAAGUGCGUGGAACGGUCUCUUGAAUCGGACUGCCCUAUCUGUCACGCAUACAUGUUCACCUCGACGACACCCGUCAUGUUUCUUCCUUGUGGCCAUUGUAUGCAUGUUUCUUGCUAUGAAGAGUACACUCUGACUAAUUACAUUUGCCCGCUAUGUUCGAAGUCACUGGGAGAUAUGGAACUUUACUUUGCUAGCAUUGAUGAGCUGCUCGAGCGGGAACGAAUGCCGAUGGAAUAUCAAGAUUACAAGUCGCUGAUCUACUGUAGCGACUGCGAGCGUAAAUCUACGACCAAUUUUCACUUCGUUUAUCACAAGUGCCAAUAUGAAAAUUGUAUGUCGUACAAUACGAAGCUACUGCGGCAAUUUAUUGAUUCAGAGCGUCAAGUAUCAUGCGGCCCCACCGCGCAAAUUCAAACGCUCUAG